AUGGGGACUCCCACGCAUCGGCUCAUGCUCAUAGCUCGUAGACAAGCUGAAGCCAAUAAGCAACAUGUAAUAUGUCAGAAAUGCUUGGAAUUUGGACAUUGGACAUAUGAAUGCACAGGAAAAAAAAAGUACCUGCACAGGCCUUCCAGAACAGCGGAGCUGAAGAAAGCUUUUAAAGAGAAAGAGAAUAGAUUCUUGCAGCAAAGCAUUGGAGAGACCAAUGUGGAGAGAAGGAGCAAGAAGAAGAGGUCUAAGAGUGUCACGAGUUCCAGUACCUCGAGCAGUGACACGUCAGCCAGUGAGUCUUCAUCAGAGAGCCAGACGCCUGCCUCAUCCUCCUCAGAGGACAGUGACUCAGGCGACAGCCGCUCUAGCUCCUCCUCCUCAGCUUACACCUCCUCGUCUUCCUCCUCCUCGGUCUCAGACUCGACUCCAGCUCCUCCAGCUGCAGCAGUUGCAGUACAGACAGACAGCAGCUCUGAUGAUGAGCCGCCCAAGAAGAGGAAAAAGAAACAGAACUCUCCCUGCACUGGACUAAUGGACCAAAAACGUCAGUUUGACUCACAGGGGAACUGA